GAGAGAGAGAGAGAGAGACAGAGAGAGAGACAGAGAAAGAGAAAGAGAGAGACAGAAAGAGAGAGAGAGAGAGAGAGAGAGAGAGAGAGAGAGAGGCUGACUGAGGAAAGAAAAGGGGUGGGGACGACAGAGGGUGAUUGCAGGAAAGUUUUGCUUCGUAGCAACGAGUUGGAGAAACUCAACAAACUGCAACAAAAUCCUCAGCUAGCUCGACAGCAAAGCAAACAGCGUGGGACUGAACACACACUCCCACUCCCACACAGGUUGAGGAGAGAGAGCAGAGCUUUAUUCCACGGUGUGUGUGUUAGCUAGCACAUUAGCCAGCCACGUUAGCAAUGUGUGAGGACGCAGUCCAAGCAGAGAGGAACAGCAUGGUGAGCAGCACCCACGAGAGCCAGGACCUGAUGGUCCCCAGCCUCGACCAACCCUCCCCCAGUCACAGCCUCUCCCAGCUGGGCACAGGAGCUCCUGGAGGAACCAUCACCAAGGAGGGGCCACUAAGCCCAACACUGACCCCAGGGACGGGCCCGGUUAACGCCAUCACGGUGCUGACCCUCCUGGACAAACUGGUCAACAUGCUGGACACGGUUCAGGAGAACCAGCACAAGAUGGAGGAGCGUCAGGUGGAGAUGGAGGGAGCGGUGAUGGGGAUCCAGACAGACAUGACCAAGCUGUCCAAGAGCCACACACACACCGCCAACACCGUAAGCAAGCUGCUGGACAAGAGCCGCAAGGUGUCCGUCACCAUGAAGGAGGUGCGCGACAGGAUGGAGCGACAGGCUGGACAGGUGAAGAAGCUGGAGGCAAAUCACUCCCACCUGCUCAAGAGGGACAACUUCAAAGUGCUCAUAUUCCAGGAGGAGAAUGAAAUCCCAACCAGUGUGUUUGUCAAGGAUACUGUUCCUUUCCCCCGUGAAGCUGAGGAGGGGGAGGAGCCCACCGCCGUCAUCGACGCCAACCGCUCCACGGAGGAGGGGCUUCACACCAUUGACCUAUCCUCGGACGAGGACGUAGGGCUGGAGGCGGACCUGGACGAGGUGGGAGAUGACGUAUACGAGCUGGCCGGAGAGCACACAGACAAAUCCCGCACGGAUAAGUUUAAACGCUCUAGUCUAAAGAAGGUGGACAGUCUGAAGAGGGCCUUCUCCAAAGCGAAUAUAGAGAAGAAGAUGAACAAGAUUGUGUCACAGGAGAAACGAGAGAAGAUGAAGAAGAGCCUGACACCCAACCACCCAAAGAGUUCCUCCUUCAAAGUGUCCCCUCUCACGUUCAGCAUCAAGAAGAAUCGUAAGUCUGAGGGCCAACCUGAAGCUGAAGCAGAGGUGGAGGCCUCAUCCCAGACCGGGGUCUCGCCUACUGCCGUGGCCUCCAUUGAGAUCUCCCCGCUGGCCAGCCCUGAUGAGGAGGUCCUCUUCACCGAGGUGCACUCCCAACUGGCUCCAGGGCUGGAGGAGUCCAAGGCUGAGGCUUUGGAGAUGGAAGAGGUGGCUGUCAGUGAAGUUCCAGAAUCUGACGAAAUUCCAGAAUCCAACGUUUUUUCUGAUUCCAAACCGUUCCUAGAAUCCGACGUUCCUGAGGCGGAUGUGGAUCUGUCGGUUAUGACGGAGGGAGUGAGGGAGGAGUACACUCUCUCUGCCACGCUCCCGCAUGAUGCCUUCCACUCUAUCUCGCCCUUCGAUGAGGAAGACAGGGAGGAGAAAGUGCAGAGGGAGAAAGAGUAGAAGGAAGGAGAGAAAGAGUAGGAGAAGGAAGGAGAGAAAAAGCAGAAGGAAGGAGAGAAGAAAGUGUAGAAAGAGGUGGAGGAGAAGGAAGAGGAGUAGGAGAAGGAGGGGAGACUUGUGGAAGAGGAGGCCCAGCUGUCAAAGUCCCCUAAAACACACACACACAAAAUAAAUACACCUAUACCUAUUCCCUAAAAUACUUCCCCAUUCCCACUCCCACACUCUGCCCAUCAUCCUCUAAAAAACUCAGACAGACCCUCUGUUCAAAAACACACACCCACACACACACAAUUACAGUUCAUGUCUGUGUGUCUUCCUGUAUGUCAUUGUGUGCAAUCUAUGUGCUUGCAUGUGUGUGUGUGUGUGUGUGUGUGUGUGUGUGUGUGUGUGUGUGUGUGUGUGUGUGCGUGCGUGCGUGCGUGCGUGCGUGCGUGUGUGUGUCAGGGGCAGAUGUCUGUUUCACAUGUGAAAAAGGAUGAUGAAGUUGUUAAAAAGGUAUAAUUAUCUUCUUAUGCUACUGCUUAAAGUCUAAACCUAAACCUAUAUUUGUGUAUGUAAGAUGAUAACUUUGUAUGUAAGAUGAUAACUUUGUUUGACCUAAUAGAUACAAUUCAAGCCAAUCAGUACAAUACUUGUCACAAUACUAGUUACAGAUAACGUGAUCAAACCAAAGAUUGGCGAUACUGUCUUCCAUCUUGAUUCUGGGAAACAGUUAUUUUAGAAAUGCUUCUAUCCAAUGGCAGGUGGUUCUAUAAAAAACACUGAAAACUCAGAUAGUAAAUCCAUGUUUCGUACCACGCAAGGAGGAUCCUCGCCAUCUUAGCUACAUCUAGAAUUUCCCAGCAUCUUCGACAGAACUAGUCAUUUCUAUGCGAAGCGGCCACGGCCAGACAGUGUGUCACGUUAAAACAAAGCUCUACACACAUUGAUACAAAACACUUGAUUUACUAUCUUUCUGAGGUUUCUCUGCUGUUUAUAGAACCACCUGCCCCUGGACAUGGACAUUUAUAAGAUAACUGCUUUCCAGAAUUGAGAACAAAGAGCGUAUCGCCAAUACCAGGUUAAUUGAAGAAUCUAUAGCAGCGUUUUGUAUCGGCAAAUCUGUAACUCCCAGUAAUGGAUACCAAAACUCUUUGGUUAUAUCACAUUAUCUGGUGUACAAUCUGUAGCUAUCAUCAUUUAUGAUCCUCGAAUAUCUUAGUACUGUAUCAUCUCUCAGUGAAUGUAUAGAAAACAUAGAGAGAUAUAGCAUGGCAACAGUUGAUAAUAAAACAUUAUAAGGCUUCAUACCACAGGGUCGUGGCACCUCCAUUGGGGAGGACGGCCUCCUGGUAAUGGCUGGAGCAGAAUAAGUGGAUUAGUAUCAAAUCCAUCAAUGCCAUUCCGUUCACUCCGUUCCAGCCUUUACAAUGAGUCGUCCUCCCCUCAGCAGCCUCCCCUGGUUCAUACAUAAUGUACAACAGGUAAUAUCGCAUUAUUGUAUAUCUGUCGGCUUCAAGUAAAGUGUUAGUGAAGUAGUCUAUGUCGUCUUCUCUUAAUCCACUGGUGCCAAAGAAACUCCUCGUCAAUAUAUCGUCCAGAUUGUUAAAACUGUGAUUGUCAUGUUUCUUGCUCUUAUAUAAAAAAAAUAAGCUAUCUCCAGAAUCCUUAGAAUUCUAAAUAAAAACAUUGAAACUGUC